AAGCUGUUGUCUUUCCCUGCCUUGAGGCCUCCCACAUUACCGAAAUGGAGAGUCGCUACACUUCGUCUGCGCCAUCGAUAGAAGUCGACAUGAUGGCACCGUUUCUUGGAGCUCAUGAUCACUGCUUCACGUACGAGCACGUGGAUGAGUCCAUGGAGGCAAUGGCAGCUCUGUUCUUGCCUAGCCUCGACACCGACUCCAACUCCUCUUCUGGCUGUCUGAACUAUGACGUCCCUCCACAAUGCUGGCCCCAACCUGGUCAUAGUUCUAGUGUUACCACUUUCCCUGAUCCAGCUCAGAAUUAUGAGAGCUUUGAGUUUCCGGUUAUGGAUCCGUUCCCACCUACCGACUUCGAGUCGCAUUGCGCCAUCCCAUACUAUAGUGAGGAUCUGAGCCAUGCACAUGGCAACCAUUCAUCAGUCAGAGAGGAAGAAGCAGCCAACGAUACACCGGCCACUAACAAGAGGAAGUCUAGUUCUGCCACGAAGGCAUCAAAGAAGAGCAAGAAGGCUGGCAAAAAGAAUUCUACCGGCGACGACGAAGGCGGCAGCGCUUAUGUCGAUACGCAAAGCUCAAGCAGUUGCACCUCCGAGGAGGGAAAUUUGGAAGGCAAUGCGAACUCAAGCUCGAAGAAGACGGGCACCAGGGCCAGCCGUGGAGCAGCAACUGAUCCUCAGAGUCUCUAUGCAAGGAAGAGGAGAGAGAGGAUCAAUGAAAGACUGAGAAUUUUGCAGAACUUGGUUCCCAAUGGAACAAAAGUUGACAUUAGUACGAUGCUCGAGGAAGCAGCACAGUAUGUCAAAUUUUUGCAGCUUCAGAUUAAGUUGUUGAGCUCUGACGACAUGUGGAUGUAUGCCCCAAUCAUGUACAAUGGAAUUAACAUCAGCAAUGUUGGUCUCAACAUCUAAUAUCUGCAAAAGUAAAUCUCUCCGGACCUAUGGUGCUAACACUGUAUUGCAUAGGAAUCAAUUGAUUCUGGUCCAUA